UUUGUCGCACCUGCUGACAAUUCAUUGGAAAAUGCCGAAAACCUGUAGUAAGACUACAACGCUGUCAUGUUUAGGCAAUUACAGAUAUCACUAAGAGAGAUCCAAACCCAGAGUUGAUGUUUUCAGCUGCUGUCAUCAGCCUCUUUUUCUAAUAAUUUAAGGUUCUCAUGAUAAAUUAAUCAGUUGCUAAAUAACUACAGAAUAGUUUAAUCAUGUUUCACUUAAUGAAAAAAGACAAGGACAAGGAAAAGGAUUUGAGCAAGAAGGAAAGGGAUUUGAGCAAGAAGGAAAAGAAAGACAAAAGAGAAAAGAAAGAACGUAUGUCUCAGUCUGAGUUAAAGAGUCUAGAAGAGAUGAGCAUACGUAGAGGCUUAUUCCCACUUACUCGAGGAAACUCCAAGAAGGAAUCUAGGAGCAAGUUGGAGAUUUCUAGCCCUAUCCCAAUUAAGGUGGCCAGUAACACGGAACUCUACCUGACAGACGUUGAUGCUGAGCGUCAUCACAACACUGUGGGGCAAAUAAGUGCAAGCACCUCUGAAGAUGUAAAGGGAAUUGAGCUGUUAAGUAAUCGCAGCUCUGUGAAGGAGAGGGCAGCUAAAUUUGGGGAACUGGCCAAGGUGAAUACAGUGGUGGGCCAGAGGAAAGUAGCUACCUUAACUCAGGUGACCCCAAAGGACAAUGCUUUGGAUGCUUCAGAGCUUUCUGGCCAUAACUGGACUACACCAUCUACAAAGUUACACCCGAGUUCAAAGGGCACCAUCACAGUUCAGAUUCCUGAUAUUGUGGAGAAGACCUUUCCUGGUGCAGACCUACAGUUGCCUGCACUUGUCUCUCCACCAGUACCAGAUCCAAGAGAACUUGAGGUACAGCGACGCAGCACUGGGGACUUUGGCUUUUCUUUGCGAAGAACCACCAUGGUAGACAGGCAGUCUGAUGGUGGGGUGUGCCGGCGUGUUGUACACUUUGCCGAACCAGGGGUUGGGACUAAGGAUCGGGCUCUGGGCCUGGUUCCAGGAGACAAGCUUGUAGAAAUCAAUGGGAUUAAUGUGGAGAACAAAAACAGAGACGAGAUUGUGGAGAUGAUUCGUCAGUCUGGAGAUUCAGUACGACUAAAAGUGCAGCCAAUUCUCGAGCUGAGUGAGCUGAACCGCAGCUGGUUGAGGACCACUGAAGACCUAAGCAAAGAUGUAAAGACUGAGGAGCAGCUGACAGCAGAGAAAACCUGGUAUAACACUGAGAAAGUAUGGCUUGUCCACAAGGAUGGAUUUUCCUUGGCAACUCUCCUGAAGAUGGAGACAGGCAGUCUGCCAGAGGGGAAGGUGAAAAUCCGCCUGGAGAGUGAUGGAUCUUUAUUGGAUGUGGAUGAAGACGAUGUAGAGAAGGCAAACCCUCCAGCGUUUGACCGAGUGGAGGACUUGGCCUCUCUGCAGUAUCUGAACGAGUCGAGUGUGAUGCACUCUCUGCGGCAGCGGUAUGGCAGCAACCUGGUGCACACCCACGCUGGGCCCAACAUGGUGGUCAUUAACCCCAUUAGUGCCCCUUCAAUGUAUUCGGAGAAGGUGAUGCAAAUGUUCAAGGGCUGCAGAAGAGAUGACACUGCUCCUCACAUUUAUGGAUUAGCACAGGCUGCCUACAGGAACCUGCUGACUACUCGCCAGGAUCAGUCCAUUGUAUUGCUGGGCAAGAGUGGAAGUGGCAAGACCACUAACUGUCAACACAUCAUCCAGUAUCUGGUUACAGUCGCAGGAAGCACCAACAGAACAUUCUCCACGGAAAAAUGGCAAGCAGUCUACACUGUUUUGGAGGCUUUUGGGAAUGCUUCUACGUGCAUGAAUGGCAAUGCUAGUCGCUUCACCCACAUUGUUUCCUUGGACUUUGACCAGGCGGGCCUGGUGACCUCAGCCUCUAUCCAGACAAUGCUUUUGGAGAAGAUGAGAGUGACAAGAAGACCAGAUGGAGAGUCCACUUUUAAUGUUUUUUACUAUCUAAUGGCUGGAGUAGAUAGCUCUCUGAGAACUGAGCUGCACCUUAACCACUUUGCUGAAAGCAGUGCCUUUGGAAUCAUGCCACAGACUAAGGCAGAGGAUAAACAGCGGGCCUCUCAGCAGUUUUUCAAACUGCAAGCAGCCAUGAAGGUUCUGGGGAUCAGCGGUGAUGAGCAGAGGGCCCUCUGGCUCAUCCUUGGGGCCAUUUACCACCUUGGGGCUGCGGGAACCACCAAGGCUGGCAGGAAACAAUUUGCACGUCAUGAGUGGGCUCAGAAGGCAGCCUACCUGCUGGGCUGCACCCUGGAGGAGCUCUCCUCUUCCAUCUUCAAGCACCAGGCCAAGGGCACCCUGCCCAGAGCCAGCACUAUUCGCCAGGCUUCUGACGAAAAUGGCACGGCAGAUGCAGCAUUCAAAGCAACAGCAAUGGAGUGUUUAGAAGCCAUGGCAUCCGGGCUUUACUCUGAACUCUUCACUACCGUCAUUUCUCUAAUAAACCGGGCUCUGAAAUCCAGCCAGCACUCCCUGUGUUCUCUGAUCAUUGUGGACACACCAGGCUUUCAAAACCCAAGGCUGGCUAAGCGUGAAUGUGGUGCAACCUUUGAAGACCUGUGCCACAACUACACUCAAGAGCGUCUGCAGACCCUCUUCUACCAGCGUACUUUUGUUCAGGAGCUGGAGCGAUACAAAGAGGAAAACAUAGAACUUUCCUUAGACGACACAGAAACCAGCACGUCUCUGUCUGUGGCAGUGGUAGACCAAGCUUCGAGUCAAGCACUGGUACGGACAGUGCGAACAGAUGAGGCCCGGGGUCUGUUGUGGUUGAUGGAGGAGGAGGCACUGCAGCCUGGGGGUUCAGAGGAAACACUGUUGGGACGCCUGUUUAGCUACUAUGGACCUGCUGAGGGCGAGAGUAAAGGUCACACUUUCCUGUUGAAAAGUGAAAAAGAUCAUAAUUUCCUGCUGGGCCACAGCCAUGGGACAGACUGGGUGGAGUAUGAUGCACGAGGGUGGCUCAGCUAUGCCAAGCAGAAUCCCGCCUCUACCAAUGCUGCGUCCCUCCUACAGGACUCGCAGAAAAAGAUCAUCGGCUCAUUGCUCAUGAACCGCACAGGUGGAACCACAGUUUUGUCCGGGUCUGUUGCUGGCCUUGAAGGUGUUUCCCAGCUGUCUUUGCGCCGGGCUACUAGCAUGAGGAAAUCCUUCGUCACAGGAGUAGCUGCCAUCAAGAAGAAGUCUUUGUGCAUUCAGAUAAAACUUCAAGUGGAUGCGCUUCUUGACAUGUUGCGGAGGUCCAGGAUUCAGUUUGUUCACUGCAUAUUGCCCAAGGCGGAUGCCCUCAAGGCGCUGAGUGGAUCUCUGUUCAAAGGAGUGGAAUGUGAGACUCAAGGGGAGAGUGGAGAUCCUAGCUUAAUGCAGCUAGAUGUAGCCUUGCUCCGUGCUCAGAUACGUGGAUCUAAGCUGCUUGAUGCUUUAAGAAUCUACAGACAAGGUUACCCUGAUCACAUGGUGUUCUCUGAGUUCCGACGGCGCUUUGAUGUGCUGGCACCGCAUCUCACCAAGAAGCACGGAAGAAAUUAUAUAGUGAAGGACGAGAAGAGAGCUGUAGAGGAGCUUCUGGAGUCCUUGGAUUUGGAGAAGAGCAGUUACCACAUGGGUCUGAGCAGGCUGUUCUUCAGAGCUGGAACCUUGGCUAAGCUGGAGGAACAGAGGGAUGAGCAGACCAAGUGCAAUCUAACCCUCUUCCAAGCUGCCUGUAGAGGUUACCUGGCACGGCAAGCCUUCAAGAAGAGAAAGAUUCAGGAUUUAGCCAUCCGUUGUAUUCAAAAAAACAUCAAGAAGAACCGUGGAGUGAAGGACUGGCCAUGGUGGAGGCUCUUUACCACAGUGCAGCCCCUCAUUAAAGUGCAGCUCACAGAGGACCAGAUGCGGAGCAAAGAUGAGGAGAUUCAGCAGCAGAAAUUGAAGCUUGAGAGAGUGGAGAAGGAACGAAAUGAGCUGAGACUCAAUACAGAUCGAUUGGAGAGCAGGAUCGCAGACUUGCUGGCAGAGCUCGCUGAUGAGAGAAGCACAAGUGAGUCAGCAUCCCAAUUGCUGGAGGCUGAGACUUCUGAGAGACUGCGCUUGGAGAAAGAUAUGAAGGAUCUACAGGCAAAGUUUGAUGCCAUGAAGAAACAGUUAGAAUCGCAGGAGAUGGAGGUGAUGGAAGCACGACUCAUGAAAACAUCAGAGCUAAAUGGGGAGAUGGACAAUGAUGAUGAAGAUGCUGGAGGAGAGUGGCGGAUAAAAUACAAUCGAGCCGUUCGUGAAAUGGACUUUGCCAAAAAGAAACUUCAGCAGGAGUUUGAUGACAAGCUGGAGACGGAACAGCAGAGCAAAAGACAUGUAGAGAGAAAGCUGGCUGAUUUGCAGACGGAUAAUGAGGAUUUGCAGCGCUCUGUGCAGCAGCUGAAGAAAAAGUGCCAGAAACUGACUGCCGAGCUGCAGGACACCAAGCUUCAUCUGGAGGGCCUGCAAAGUCGCAACCAUGAUCUGGAGAAGAAGCAGAGGAAAUUUGACCUGGAGCAGAACCAGGCUCAGGCUGAGGUACAGAGGGAAAGGAGCCAGAGGGAGAAGCUGGCUCGAGAGAAAGACAUAAUGACUGGUGAGAUGUUUAACCUCCGCCAGCAGCUGCAGGACAAGGACACUGAAUUGUGUGGCAUGAAUGUAAAGGUGCAACAACUGGAGGCAGAGCUACAGGAUUUGUCCUCCCAAGAGUCAAAGGAUGAGGCCUCACUUGCCAAGGUCAAGAAGCAGCUUCGUGACCUCGAGGCCAAGGUGAAAGACCAGGAGGAGGAGCUGGAUGAACAGGCUGGAAACAUCCAAAUGCUGGAGCAGACUAAGCUGCGGCUUGAGAUGGAGAUGGAGAGGCAGCGGCAGACCCACUCUAAAGAGAUUGAGAGUAAAGAUGAAGACGUAGAGGAGAUCAGGAGAUCUUGCAGUAAGAAGCUGAAACAGAUGGAGGUACAGCUGGAGGAGGAGUAUGAAGACAAGCAAAAAGUGUUGCGAGAGAGACGAGAGCUGGAAUCCAAACUGCUGAAUGCUCAGGACCAGGUGAGCCAGAGGGAUGUGGAGACAGAGAAGAGGCUCAGGAAAGACCUGAAGAGAACCAAAGUCCUUCUGGCUGAUGCACAGAUUAUGCUGGACCACCUGAAGAGUAAUGCCCCCAGCAAGAGGGAGAUCACUCAGCUCAAAAAUCAACUUGAGGAGUCAGAGUUUACUUGUGCAGCAUCAGUGAAGGCUCGAAAGAGUAUGGAGCUGGAAAUAGAGGACUUGCAUAUCCAAAUGGAGGAUAUGGUCAAAGCGAAGAUGUCGUUGGAGGAGCAGCUCAGCCGUCUGCAACGAGAGAAGAAUGACCUGCAGUCACGCAUGGAGGAGGAUCAGGAGGACAUGAAUGACCUGAUGAAGAAACACAAGGCUGCGGUAGCUCAGUCUGCCAGGGACUUAAGCCAGAUCAGUGACCUGCAGGCCCAGCUGGAAGAAGCCACAAAGGAGAAGCAGGAGAUCCAGGAAAAGCUCCAUUCGCUACAGAACCAGUUAGAGUUCCAAGAACAAUCCAUGGUGGAGAAGUCACUUGUGAGCCGCCAGGAGGCUAAAAUCCGUGAGAUAGAGACCAAACUGGAAUAUGAGAAAACGCAGGUUAAGCGGUUGGAGAGUCUGGUGGGUCGUCUGAAGGAGAAUCUUGAGAAGUUGACGGAGGAGAGAAAUCAGCACAUCACUGCAGAAAACAGGGAGAAAGACCAGAAUAAACGCACGCAGAGGCAGCUAAGGGACAUGAAAGAAGAAAUGGCAGAGCUGUCCAAGAAGGAGGCUGAGGCAAGCCGCAAGAAACAUGAGCUGGAAAUGGACAUCGAGAGCUUAGAGGCAGCAAAUCAGAGCUUACAAGUGGACCUUAAGUUAGCCUUCAAGAGGAUAGGGGAUCUGCAGGCUGCCAUUGAGGAUGAGAUGGAGAGUGAUGACAACGACGACCUAAUUAACAGUUUGCAAGACAUGGUGACAAAAUAUCAGAAAAGAAAGAACAAAACUGGAGAGGAGAUGGACACAGAUUCAGAAGUGGAGGACCGUGUGGACGGAGUUAAGUCUUGGCUCUCCAAGAACAAAGGCUCCUCCAAGACCAUGUCACAAGAGGGAAGUCUGAAGAGCACCAGAUAUUCAGCAAAUGCAGAUGCCAAAGAGAUGAAAGAAGGUAAGGAGAAGAUUAAUGACAAAGAUGGGAAAGAGGUAGAGCCGAGCAGAUCGGUGUCUGUCCUGAGCUCUCUGAGCUACCGGAAACGCUCCAAUCUGAAGGACUCCAUAGGAGGUACAGGCGAUGACAGCUCCCUGUUCAACACUCUCAAAGAACAGCCUGACACACUAGACCAUGCCUCCAUUCGAAAAUCUAAAUCAAAGUCUGGAGACCUUCAGGAAGAUUGGAAGAAGAGUCAGUCACAGGAAGACUUAGAAGACAAAGGUUCUGUCAUCUCUUUAGCCUAUUCUGAAGCCACCAGCAGAGCCAGGAAGGGUUUGGAGUCCCGCUGGACUUCACGCAGCAGCCCUGAGUUUGAUAAAGAGUCCAUGGUAUCCUCUGUGGGUCCCAGUAGGAUGUCCACCCGGAGAGCAAUGAUGGACAUGGACGAUGACAAUAAGUCAACUAUCAGCAGUGUGAGCCGAUCCAGCCCUCGAUCGCUCCAUCGCAGCACAUCUUGGAAAGAUGAGAGACGCAACAGCUCUCGCUUGUCCGUUGCCCGCAGCUGUGGCCUGAGUGAGUUUGGCCUACACGUAGAUGACGAUGAUGACGGCCAGAGUGUUGCUUUUAGCAGAGGGGGAGCCUCGCCUUACAGUCCCCGCUCACGCAGUCGCAGCCUUUCUACAUCAGCUCAAACACGCUCAUCAGACAACAAUCCGCUUGACACGUCAGACAUUAAAUUAGUCACCCAUCGAAACUACUUGGACCCUGACCUAGAGGCUGCAAUUAAUGAGGUGCUGAGCUUCAAACCUAUUAAGUUCAAACGCAGCAAACUUGAUGAGUCUAGUGAUGAGGACAAGGAUGAAAAGAUGAAACAAGUGAGUGAGGACAGUAGGAAGAAGGUUGAAAGUGAAGGGCUGGGCUGCAGCACUUCUAACCCGCUUCGUUCUUCAUUAGGCUCUACUCUGGAGCACAGUAACAGGCCAACAAGCACCAGCAGCUCUCGUAGUUGUCUAGAUAAAAAAGGUAAAGUUUCAUCAUCUGAGAGCUCCUCAUCGUCAGAUGACCAUCACAGCAGAAAGAGCUCAAAGUUGAAAAAGGGCAAGAAGAAGUCCAAGAAGAGCUCUAAGAAAAAAAGCGAAUCAGAAGACUCUUCAUCCUCUUCAGAGUCUUCAUCCUCCAACUCAGCCAUCUCCUACCGCAGCUCCAGUAGUAUUAAAAAGUGCCCUAAACAAGAAUCUGAUGACGACGAGAAGGAACUUCCAGGUCAUGGAAAAUCUAGCAAGAAGGAAACAAAGAAGAAGCAGAAGAAAAUGGACAGCUUGGUGAUGAAGUACCUGUACAGGCAUGACAGUGACUGAUACUGAACGAAGCCCUCCUGUACACCGGAGAGAUGCGAGUCUGCCCAGAUCAGAUGAAGAGGAUGAGGUGGACA